ACGGGCGGGAAAAGCUCUGCUCGGUGAGAGAGCCACGCCAAGAACUGUGGAACGAUAGAGACAGCGAGCGAAGCGGAAAACAAUUAGAACACCCUCGAUCAACAACAACUUCCGCUUCCGUGUUCCCGAUCGGUCAUCAGUCAUGAAAGUGACAGUGUGCUUCGGAGAGGCACGGUUCGUCGUGCCGUGCCCACCGGGCACCACCGUGCUGAAGCUGGAACAGGAGGCCGUCCUUCGCUACAAACGCAAGAAUCCCGACUCGUGGGUCGUGGUGCACCAUUUGCAGUCACAGUCGGGCAUCCUUGACCCGGAGGAUCACAUCAGCGACGUGGCGGACGACCGGGAGGAGAUCAUUGCCAGCUACGAGGACGCGGGUGUCGGACCGGAUCCGGGCGUGCAGCAGGGCGGCGGCGACGGUGCGAGCGGCAGCUCGGUCGGCACCGGCAGCCCGGACAUCUUUCAGGUCGGCGGCCCAAAGGGCGCGCCGGGCGUGGUCGGUGUAGGAGGAGGCGCAGGGGGUGGCAGCGCUGGAGAGCCUCCGCCGGACGACGAUGUCGGGGUGGCGAUGGCAGCCGCGGAUGGAGGUGACCCGUCGGCGACGGUGGUGGCGGCGGCGGCGGCCGCAGGAGGGACGGUAAUGGUGACCACUAGUGGCGGGGGAAGUGCCAACGGCGGAGAAGGUUCGUCCUGCAUCGAGGUGUCGGCGAACGAGCCGGGCCCGCUCGGGCUGGGGCUGCAGGUGCGCCGUGGCAGCGAGCCGUCGCUGCAUCAGAUCGGCGUGACGGACCAGCGCAGCCCGCUGUACAACGUCAACCCGAACGGGCACCACCAGGAGACGAGCAAGCGCUGGUCAGCGGCUCCCGUGUGCCGCAGCGACAGCGAUCCACCGCCCGACAAGCAAAACGGCGGAGCAGGAGGAGCCAUUGGCGGUGGUUCGUCGGCGGCUGGCUAUCACAACCACCUGCACCAUCACCACCAUCACCUGCUCUCGCCGGAGUGGAACGUCCCCGAGGAGGACUCGCAACUGCAGCUGCAGCAACAACAGCAGCCACAGCAUGGCCAGCAACCGCAACAACAACAGCAGCAGCAGCAGCAGCAGCAGCACGACAGCCUAUUGCCGCAAGCCUUCAACCGAUCCGGCCGGCUGUCGAUGCAGUUUCUCGGUGCCGAGGCCACCUCCGGCUACCGGUGGAUGGACGCGGCAGAGAAGGCGGCCGCCGCCGCCUUGCACAACCAGUCGUCGCCGGCCGUCUACCAGCCCUACAUGCAGUACGUGCAGCAGCAGCAGCAGAACCAGCAGCUCAACCACUCGUUCCACCAUUCCGGUGUGCGAGGGGUCGAUGGCGGUGGCCGUGGGAGCGGCCGGGGCAUCGCGGGCCUCAACCACACUGGCAGCAGCUUCAGCUCCAAGUCGCUGCCACGUGAAUCGACGCGCAAGGAACCCCUCGGCCAGGCCAAAGCGUCCGUGUACGACUCACUGCGGGAGAAAGAUAGUGAAAUGCUGCUGGUAGUGAACGAAACCGGUGGCCCGCUGGGACUCACGGCCAUUCCGGACAAGGACCGGGGUGGGCUGCUGGUGCAGAGCGUCGAACCGGGCAGCCGGGCGGAGCGGGGCCGGCUGCGCCGGGGCGAUCGCAUACUCGAGAUCAACAACAUCAAGCUCGUCGGACUCUCGGAAAGUUCCGUGCAGGAACAUCUUAAGAAGAGCCUCGCAUCGACCGAGCUAAGACUGAGGGUGGUACGCGGUGGCAGCGGCCCCAAGGGAAGCACCAAGGCUGGCGGAGGACCGGAGCAGCAGCAGCAGCAACAGCAGCAGUUUGCCGCCGCUGGUCGGCUAGUGACGGGUGGCAGCGGAUCGCGCUACCGGCGGGACAACCGCGUCGGCCAGAUGAUGAUCGAGGCGGAGGAGAAGCCGACGUCGGCGGCAAAGGUUGCGACGGUGUCGCCGACACGCAAGAUGCCGGGCGGACCGUCGACCGCCAGCAGCCUGCAGGUGGCGAACACGCGCAAGCUCGGCAAGCGCAUCGAAAUCACACUCACCAAGGGCGACCACGGGCUCGGCUUCUCGGUGACGACGCGCGACAAUCCGGCCGGCGGCCACUGUCCAAUCUACAUCAAGAACAUCCUGCCGAAGGGCGCGGCCGUGGAGGACGGCCGACUGAAGCCGGGCGACCGGCUGCUGGAGGUCGAAGGCAUCCCGAUGACGGGCAAGUCGCAGACGGAGGUCGUCUCGAUACUGCGCGGUACGCCGCACGGUGCCACGCUGAAGAUCGUCGUCUCCCGCCAGCAGGAGCUGGCCGAAAACGUGAAGGAGCGCGAAAUCGGCUUUGGCGUCGAAAGUGAACCAAAGAACACAACAGUGCCGAAACCGCCGCCUCCGGUAAUGCCCAAAUCAUCGCUCAAGCAAUCGAACAGCAGCAACAGCCUCGCCGGUGGCCAUCACCAUAUGCAAGCGGACGAUGAAAAUGGCACCCGUGGUGGCGUCAGCGGUAGUCGCUCGAUGGGAAAGCUGUCCUCCAUUUCCUCGCCGAAAACGCCGACGGUGCAGAAGAAGCCACUGGCGUCGAUCCUGAAGUCGGCCUCCACCAAUCAGGUCGCGGACCUGCUGCUGCUGCAGGACCCACCCGUCAACGGAACGGACGGAGGUAGUGGUGUUGGUGGUGGUAGCAUGACGUACACCAACGGAACCGGAGGAGGAGGAGGCGCUGGUUCACUGUCAGGUGCGGCCUGGAAGAACCGCGAGAUACUGACGCUGCACAUUCCGGUGCACGACACGGAAAAGGCAGGGCUGGGCGUCAGCGUCAAGGGCAAGACGGGCUCGGGCAACAGCAGCAGCAGCGGGGGCAGUAGCAGCAACGCCAGCCGCACCGACGGGGAUCUCGGGAUUUUCGUGAAGAGCGUGCUGCAUGGGGGAGCCGCUAGUCGUGACGGCCGGCUCAAGAUGAACGAUCAGCUGCUGAGCGUCAAUGGCGUGUCGUUGCUCGGCCAGUCAAACGCGGAAGCGAUGGAAACGCUCCGCCGAGCGAUGCUGCAGCAAUCCGGCGGAAGCUAUCCCGGUAAAAUCAUUCUCACUGUGGCGCGGCGCAUCGGACGACCGGUAAGCACCGGUGAGCUGCUUGAAACCAUGGAUCCACGGCCGACGGCUUCCUCCUCCACCGCUGCCACGACAACAAACCCGGAAAACGACGGUGGUAGUGGUGGUGGUAACCCUGUUAGCUCUGGCACGACUGUCAUCUACCUCAGUGCCGACAAGCAGCAGCAACAGCAACCACACCGUCCGCAAGAUAACGGCGAGCCGAAGCUGCAGCAAAGCAAACGCUACAGCAACCCGGUACUCGAUCGGUUGACCGGAGGCAAUGGCACGGGAGGCAACAACUCUGCGGGCGGCAUGAUGAUGUCCGGCAGCAACGAGGCACUCUCGUCCGGCGGUGGUCAUUACGCGCAGAUCGGUAACAGCAAUAGCAGCAGCACCAACAGCAUCGCGAACACUCAUCAUCUCCAGCAGCAACAGCAUCAUCAUGGACACAACCAAAGAGCGUCGGCACUGCGGACGACCGGCGGCGGUGGUGGCGGUUCCCGCGGGCCAUCGUCAGCGGUCCAGCAGACGCCGCCAACGCAUGGACUGCGCAACGAGAGCUACUACAUGGCCACCGGCGAGCACUGGAAUACGACCUCUUCGGCCACCAGCCUGAACGGUAGCAAUGCGGUGCUGAUCGAGGAGGAUCCCGAACCGACCUCACCUACCUUCCACCUGGCACGUCCGGCGGACGUCGGGGGUGUGGCGAUGGGCAAUGGUGCCACCUCGACUCCGAACGGGGCGGACACGACGUACGCCAGCCAGCUGUCACUCGAGACCAACCCACCGCCGUCGGAUGCGUUCAGCCGGGAUGCGAUCGGGCGCCGCUCGAUGUCGGAAAAGCACCACGCAGCGAUGGACGCGCGCGAAACCGGCACCUACCAGCGCAACAAAAAGCUGCGCGAAGAGCGCGAACGAGACAGCAAGCUCCUGCUGCUCGGCGGCAACGGCACCAGUAUGACCGCGUCCGGCGGCUCGAUGGAGUCGAUCAGCCACCAGAUGGCGCGAAUCGACAGCUUGCGCCAUGGUGGACGUGGGGGUGGUGGUGCCGGCAGACAGCAGCCAACGGCCGCCCUCGCCGCUCAUCUGCUGCGCGACGAGGCGCAGGACCAGCUGGGCGACCUCGGGCCAUCGCUGGGCAUGAAGAAAUCGUCCAGCCUCGAGUCGCUGCAGACGAUGGUGCAGGAGAUCCAGAUGGCGGACGAGCCGCGCGGGCCGAAUGCGCUGCGCACGCCGCGCGGUCGUGGGCGGGACGAGAUACUGCGGGCUCUAGUCGAGCAGCCACCCGAAGCAACACAAGCCAAAAAACACUGGCUGCUAGAAGAUGCGCCCCCUUCUGCGGCGGGUGGACGAGGGGCAGAAACGGCCGGUGGCGCGUCCGGUACCGAGCUGCCGGACGGUGGUUUCGUGUCCCGCAACAGUCCCUUCCAGUCGUCGUUGAACGAUGGCAAAGGAGCGAAGCUGCGCGUGAAGAAGAGCGGUGGCCUGCUGCGCGGCAUCGGCCACAUGUUCCGCUUCGGUAAGCACCGCAAGGACGGAAUAGCGUCGAUGGAGACUGCCAUUACUUCGCGCAGCAUGAUGCCAUGUCCGCCGGAGCCGGUCGGUGGCGGCGGGCCAUCACCACACAGCAGCAACGCGUGGGCCUGGGUUGCUGAAACGAGUGGCAACAGCAGCAAUGGAGGAGGAGGAGGAGUUGGCGGUGGUAGUCAGAAGUACGGUGGCACAUCGGCGUCCACCAAGACCGCAGCCUCGAGCGGCAACAGCAACAACAACAACUCGACAUCCGCUGCGUCGCGAUACAUCGUGUUCGAGCAAAACUCCGUCGAACGGUCCGCAUCGUCCGGGGUCGUGUACGGUCACCAGCAGCCGCCUCACUACCAACCACCUCCUCCGCCACCCGGCGCAGGUUCCAGCGGACCCACGUCCAUUCACCACACGGACGUGUUCAACCAUCGCUACUCACACUACGUCAACUACGAGGAGCUGCAGCAGCAAAUCAGUCGACGACAUCAUCACUACCAUUCGCAACGUUCGGCCCGCAACACGCCGCCGGUUGGAGACAUCGGUCUGCUGGGCAGCGGGUCCGUGAGCCAGCAACACCAGCCACCAUCGCACCACCAUCACAGCAUCGCACUGCACAACCCGAGCCACUCGCAGCAACAGCAGCAGCAGCAGCAGAAGUAUAAGAGCGCCCGGCCAACCUCAUGCUACUACGAUAAUGCUGGCGGUGGCUACGAAACGAUCUCCUCCAUCGGUCCACCGCUCUCCGGCGGGGGCAGCAUUUCUUCCACGCACCGCAAAACAUCGGGCAGCGGCGGUGGCGCCGCUAGCAACAACAACAACAACAACUCGAGCGCCACCAGCCAGCACACGCUGCUGACCGUCUCGUCGUCGUCCGCCAACAGCAACGGCAACAGCGUGCUGCCGGAGGACAUCAAUGGGAGUGUCUCGAACAACAACUGGCAUCAGCCGCAUCAUCAUCUCGGUGCGAACGGUGGUGCCAGCAUCUCGACCGGCUCCGGAUCGAUGCGCAAUACCCGCGGUCCGUUCGUGACGCAGGUGAAAAUCCAGAAUCAAAUGUACCAGUAGGGAAGCAACCAGAAUUGGAUUGGAUCCAGAAGAGGGCCAAGAUGAGGCAUAUACAUUGCCUACCUAUAACACAGCCGACCACGUUGUUGGGAUGAAAAAGAGAUGUCCUCGUACCAUCUCGCUCAUGUAGCUUUUUAACUCAUUCCACUCAUAUAACGAUAUAUAAUGCCUAUAUAAAACGAUCUGCUACUGAUCUACUUAUUUGGAACAGGAAGGACCAACCCUAUCCACUUUGGCCAAGCCAAUUUGAAAGGCGAACUACGGAGAAGGGGAGUGUUUGCGGAGUAGCAAAAGUCAUAAGUAUCAUGUUAUCACGCCAGAGACAGCUUCGCACAGGAACACCAUUAUCUACCAUUAGCUACUCCAUUGCCUGAUCUCGCGCUUUUCUCAUGGGCAUCGAGAGUUCUUUUGGUGUAGAAAUUAAAUUGAUCAACCCUCUUCAUGCAAACCAUGUGUGUGUGUUCCACAUGGAUUAGUGCAUCUGUCACCUACCCAUUGCCCCUUCCUUUGCCCCUGUAUAAUUUCCUCUGAUGUUACCUUUUGAACUACGAUGAGACAUAUGUUUUAAUUUAACGAUAGCGCACGGCGGGGUGUAAAAACAUUUAUAUCAAACACACACACGGGCGGUGCUGCGUUUUGCACAAACAAUAACGUUCGUAUGGUCGCCUGUAUGCUGCUACCAUGCGUUAUUCCGUGCUGUGCUAUUUACAUUUUACUCCUUACUUAUUGGAAAUAUUGUGAAUUCACUCAUUGCCCCUUCAAUGUGCCCCCGGUGCUGGUUUUUUUUUUCUGGCGCCGAUUAUUUAUGGCA